GGCUCAGUGGUUAGGAGCCUGGCUGCCCUUCCAGAGGACCCUGGUUAGAUUCCCAGUUCCCACAUGGCAGCUCAUAACUGUCUGUAGCUGCAGUUCCACAGGAUCCAACACCUUUACAGCAACAUACAUUCAAGCAAAACACCAAUGCACGUUAAAAAUAUCUGUAUCAAGAAGCCGUAGAGAGGGUGCAGUGGCUAAGAGCGUUGGCUGCUCUUCCAGAGGACCUGGGUUCAGUUUCCAGAACUUACAUGGCAGCUAGCAACUGUCUCUAACGCCAGUCCCAGGGGGUCUUCUGGCCUCUAUGGUUACUGCAAACGUAUCAGAUGUAUUUCCUGGCAAACACUCAUACACAUACAAACCAUCUCAAAAACCCUAAAGUUCAAACAAUUUAAAUUCUGUUUCAUGAGAAGGAAGAACCUACUUGAAAUUUAGUUUCAAUGGCGUAAGUAGUGUAAAUACAUGUUCAUAUGUAGUGUGUGUGUGUGUGAAAAUGUGUGUUUAUGUGAGUGUGUGAGUGUGAGUGUGUGAAUGUGUAUAUGUGAGAGUGUAUGUGAGUGUGUGUGUGAGAGUGUGUGUGUGUGUAUGUGAGUGUGUGUGAAUGUGAUUGUGUAUGUGAGAGUGUGUUUGAGAGUGUAUGUGUGUAUGUGAGUGUGUGUGUGUCUGUGUGUGUGUGUAUGUGAGAGUGUGUGUGUAUGUGAGAGUAUGUAUGUGUGAGAGUGUGUGUGUGUGUAUGUGAGAGUGUAUGUGUGUGUGAGUGUGUGUGAGUGUGUGUGUGUAUAUGUAUGUGUUUAUGUGUGUGUGUGUGUGUGUGUGUUAUAGAUUAAUGUAGGUGUCUCCCUCCUUCACGCCAUCUUUUUUUUUUUUUUGAGAUGGGGUCUCACUGAGAUCCCUGAGGUCUCACUGAGAUCCCUGAUUCGUCGAGGCUGAGUAGCCAGGGAUCAUGAUAGCGGGGAUCACGCUUCGCGCCCUACUCCCGACACACUGGGAUCACUAGCACAGAUCUGCUAUCAGCUAUGCCAGCUUUGUGUGUGCUGGGAAUCUGAAUGAACCCUUUGAGAUUCCCAGGUUCUCAUGCACACAUGGCAGGCAGCUCAGCAGCUCACCGGUCCACAAAUUCUGACAUAUGUAUAGCACCGUGCAACCAUUCUGAGCCAGCCUCAGGACUUCAUCACACCAAAGCUUUCUCUCCAUCUGCCUGUAAUUGCCGCACUCUCCUACCAUGACACCAGCAGCCCCACUCUAGGACUGCAUGUGACAUGACUCUUGGGCUCUUGAUUCUUUACCCAGCCUAAUACAUUGCCAUCGGACUGUGCUGUGAGGGAAUCAGUAGUUUAACCCUUUUUACUGCUGAGGGGUUGGUCACCCUUUUACUUGAAGGAUCUCAAGUUUGCGAUGCUCAUGAAUAGAUUUUCUCAGAAUUUUCUUGUACAAGUUUUUGUGUCAAUGCAAGCUUCCCUUUUUGAGUAAGUAUUUAGCAAUGGAAUGCAGGCUCCUAGGGAAGUGUGGUGUGUGUGUGUGUGUGUGUGUGUGUGUGUGUGUGUGAGAGCAAGUGUGUUUGUGUUCUUGUGUAUGUGCAUAUGUGUGUUCAUGUGUGCAUGUGUGUGUGUGCAUUUGUGUGCAUGUAUGUGGAUGCCAGAGUGUGCAGAGCUAGACAUCAGAUAUCAUCUUUGUCAAUCUCUACCUAAUUUUUUGAGACAGACUCACACUGAACCUAACACUGGCUAUUUUGUUUAGACUGGCUGCCCCACAGGCCUCUAGAAUCUUCUGCCUUUGCCUCCCACAUUAGGGUUACAGGUCUGGGCAGGUAGCCAUGCCUGGCCUUUUCAUAUGGGUGCUGGAGAGUCUUAGCUUAGGUCUAGUACUUGCAAAGCAAGUGCUUCAUCUUCUUCAGUGUCCCUGCCCCUACUUUUUUAUAUACACUGUACAUUAUUUUAUAACUCCUAUUCAAUUUGUUCUUUGAGGGAUAUAUAUUUGUACAUGUAAAUUUAAUUGUACAUAAAUUUAUAUAUGUAUCUGUAUAUUUAUAAAUAUAUAAAUAUAUGUAUUUUAAAUUUAUUUGGUUCCUGUCACCCUCACCCUCUCCUGUCUCCCCUCUACCCUUGUCAACCCUCCCCCAGAAGUCUUCCCACAUCUGUGUCAUUUUGUUUUGUUCUGUGUCCCACUGAGUUCAAUGGGUUUGGAGUUCUCCUUAGAGCCUCCUGGGCUCACAACUGAAGACAGUGGUGCCCCUCCCCCAGAAUUUAUCAGUCCAGCAGGGAGGGCGGCGCCCAGUGAGCCUCUCAGCUGGUCCCCUGAGAAAGUCCACCUCUCUGUGUCAGUCCAAAGUCCCUUAGACUGCUAACCAUGUCACAGCCUCCACCCUUCCUCUCCAGUGUCCCGUCUGCUGUCCCAGCACAUUAUGUUGUGCGUGAGUUUAUGUACAGAUCCCCACGUUUCUCUGCCUCUCUGCCUGUGCUAGGACUUAUGCAUACGGAAUCAUGGUGCGGAAAGCACUUGCAGUGAAAGGUGCAGUGACUGUAGGUCCUCUCUCCUCACACCCGGUGAGCGUCCAUCAGCUGUCGGCGUGAAUUGUGAGCUGGCUCCUUCAAGUGGACUUUGGGCGGUGGACAGUUGUGUUUAAAGCACUCCGACUUCUGGGCCCAUUGGGAUCACUGCCUCUGCCUUGUUCUUAGGCUCUUUGCAUAUUUAGGAGACAGAUGUUGGAACAAUGACACUUGUUCUUUUGUGGAGUAUGCAUUGGAAGCGUGCCAGAAGGUGGGAAGGCAGGGAACAUGCCGGUAGAGGCCUCAGAGAGCCCGCCCACCCGCCCGCCUCCGUUCCUAAUGUAUCGUUUAGAAUAUGUUGAGGGUUAAAAGUCCCUUUUAAUAUUCUUUUUUUUUUUUUUUGGUUCUUUUUUUUGGAGCUGGGGACCGAACCUAGGGCCCUUUUAAUAUUCUUAACAUUUAGUUUGUCUGUUGGGAGAAUGUGUGAGAAUGUAUACGUGUGGAGGUCAGAAGACAACUUGGGGGAGGGAAUAGAGUCUUUCCUACUGUGGGGGUUCAGAAAGCCAAUGCAGGCCAUUGGGGUCAGUGGCAAGCACUGUUACCCAGAGAGCUGUGUCUCCAGCCUGAGGUUUGCUUUUCGGUUUUGUUUUCUUUCUUUUUUUUUUUUUUCUUUUCUUUUUUUUCGGAGCUGGGGACCGAACCCAGAGCCUUGUGCUUGCUAGGCAAGUGCUCUACCACUGAGCUAAAUCCCCAACCCCUAUUUAUUUUUUUUAUGGAUACAAUAACUGUAUCUGGAAUAGCAAUCUCUGUGAAUUAAAUAAUGUAUUCCUUGAUACCACAUUAUAACCCCUUAAGAACUGAUUUUCUAGAACAAAGUGAUUUGCUCAGUCUGUGCACUAAGAUGUGUCCAAGCUGUAUGUUCUCAGGGAAAAGAGGGAGACUUCCCUGACUUUGAAAGAGGUGGUGCAGUAAAUUAAUCCAGGAAGCCUGUUAAAUGCCUGUUACAUGCACUGCUUAUUCCUGGCAACAGACAGACAGACAGGAAGACACAUUCUCUGGACUAGAAGAGUGUAUAUAUAGUCUUGGUAAGAGACCAGGACCUAAAUUAAGAAAGUUAAAGCAUUCUUUAAAAAAAAAAAGAAAUUAAUUACAUUGUGUGUGUGUGUAUGGCUGUGUCUGUGUAUGCGUGUGUCUGUGUGACUGUGUGUCUGUGUGUGUGUGUCUGUGUGUAUGUUUGUGUGUGUGUGUGUGGUUAUAUGCCCUUGAAUGUUGGUUUCUGUGGAGACUACAAGCCAUUCUUGUAAGAUCUCCUGGAGCUGGAGUUACAGGAGUUAUGAGCUGUCCUACCUGUGUGCUUGGAACAAAACUCUGCUCCUUUACAAGAACUGCACAUGCUCUUAACCACUGAGCCACCUCGCCUUCCCCAUCUUGCCCAGUCUUAAAGCUAUAAUAACUUUGAAACUUAUUCCUUGGCUGGUUUAUACCUGCUGAUCCCUUCAUGCUGUGAUUAGACAAUUCCCAGAUAUCUCCAACCGACAGGCAGGCUCUGAGUACAAGGGUUUGCUGGAAGUGAGAUCUGAUGAGGCCCAGUUUUUACUGUUUGGUUAGUGAAGUCUGCACUCUUGAUUUGAAACACUGGUGACAAAAAUAAACUGAGUUAAUAGAUAUAAAACCCAAUAAGAAAUCUCUGAAGUUGUGCAGUUAGAGUCAGAGUUAGAAAUCUGAGAAGCGCUUGUCUAGCAAGCGCAAGGCCCUGGGUUCGGUCCCCAGCUCUGGGAAAAAAAAAAAAAAGAAAAGAAAAAAAAAAGAAGAAAUCUGAGAAGCUGCUGACAGAUUCCCCAAAGCUACUGAUUGGAGGCUUAAAGAUGGUGGGGGCUGGAAGCACUGGAAAGUGGCUGCUACCUGUGUUCCCCUCCUAUCUGGGAUUCCGCUGGGGCUGGGGCGAGUGGAAUAGUGGUGAUUGGUGUAGUCCUUCCGCACUCUGGACCUGGUGUUCAGUAGUGACUUGCAGUGCUGGACCUGGAGCUCAGUGCUGACUUGCAGUGCUGGACCUGGAGCUCAGUGCUGACUUGCAGUGCUGGACCUGGAGCUCAGUGCUGACUUGCAGUGCUGGACCUGGAGCUCAGUGCUGACCUGCAGUGCUGGGACCUGGAGCUCAGUGCUGACUUGCAGUGCUGGACCUGGAGCUCAGUGCUGACUUGCAGUGCUGGACCUGGAGCUCAGUGCUGACUUGCAGUGCUGGACCUGGAGCUCAGUGCUGACUUGCAGUGCUGGACCUGGAGCUCAGUGCUGACUUGCAGUGCUGGACCUGGAGCUCAGUGCUGACUUGCAGUGCUGGACCUGGAGCUCAGUGCUGACUUGCAGUGCUGGACCUGGAGCUCAGUGCUGACUUGCAGUGCUGGGACCUGGAGCUCAGUGCUGACUUGCAGUGCUGGGACCUGGAGCUCAGUGUUGUCCUGUGGUGCUGGGACCUGGAACUCAGUGCUGAUCUGCAGUGCUAGAACCUGGAGCUCAGUGCUGGCCUGCAGUGCUAGAACCUGGAGCUCAGUGCUGACCUGUGGUGCUGGGACCUGGAGCUCAGUGCUGGCCUGCAGUGCCAGACCAUGCAUCAACAUCCCAACUGAUGUUAGUGUAAGAGCACUUUAUAUGCACAUUUCAUCAGCAGCUUUUAAAAGUAACAUUUUCUUAUUAUACUGAGAAGAGCCUAUAAAGUUGUUAUAAGUUACCAAAUGAACUAUUUAAAAAAUGAAUUAUUACAAAUUAAUUAUCUACAAUUUUUAAUUUAAAAAAGCACUAUAUAUUAAGUAUUUCAUUUAUCCUGGCUGCUUUUGCUGCUGAUGCUUCCUCCUCCUCCUCCUCCUCCUCCUCCUCCUCUUCCUCUUCCUCUUCCUCUUCCUCUUCUUCUUCCUCCUCCUCCUCCUCCCCCUUCUUCUUCUUCUCCUUCUUCUUCUCCUUCUUCUUCUCCUUCUCCUUCUCCUUCUCCUUCUCCUUCUCCUUCUCCUUCUCCUUCUCCUUCUCCUUCUCCUUCUUCUUCUUCUUCUUCUUCUUCUUCUUCUUCUUCUUCUUCUUCUUCUUCUUCUUCUUCUCCUUCGAGACAAAGUCUCUUUAUAUUUUUGGCGGGCCUCAAAUUCACAAAGAAACCAGCUGCCUCUGCCUAUAAGUGCUGAGAUUAAAGGAUUAUGCCACCGUGCCUAGCUUUUAAGGAUGCACGAAUGUCCUUCUGACUUAAUAUGCAAGCUAAUGUUGGCACAUCCACUUAAUUGGUUGUACAUGAUUUCAAAAGUACAAUUUACUUACUUAUAUGUUGCUUUCUGAUCCAGUAAAACUUUGGGGACCGGUUUCAUCUGAGCAACCUUUACAGCCCUGGCUGUAAAUCAUAGAAAAUGAUUAAGUGGGCAGAUGAAGAGGAAGUCACAAAUCAAAUAGGCACUUACAUUUAUUGUGUUUGCAAGGUUGUUUUUGAGAAUGGCGCAUGUUUUGGGGGACCUUGUGUCCAGGCUGUUUUAUAGAGCUCCAGCCUCUUAACAACACUACUUUAAGGGCUCCUUGUGCAGCUCUUGGCUUGUUUAGCUAGACUGUGAAGGGAGGUCAGGUUUCACGGGGAUGCUGUAGGCUUGUAAAGGCCUACCGUUCUCGUUGAAACAAAAGUCCACAUCAGGAAGCAAGCUGAGAUUUGUGUGAGGAUAUUUAAAUUUGUCACGUAAAUAAAGAACAGAAAAUGAGGACAACAAAAAGGUCCCGCCAUCAAGUCUUAGAAGGCUGCAGCACACAGUGAAAGGCUUAUUCACUUACUCAGCUUUAAAUACCAUUAAAAACAAAAAAAAGCAGGGCCUGGGAGAUGGCUCACUGAGCCAGCUCAGUGGUAAAAGUGCUUGUCAUGCAGGCAUGAGGACCAGAAUUCAUGUCCCCAGAAGCUCAAAUCUCUGCUGGGUUAGGGCAGCAACCUGCCUGGAAUUCCAGCCUCUGAAGGAGGAAUAUCCCUACAAGUCGCUAGGGAGAGCCCAGUCCUGAAGCUCUGGGUUUUGGUGGAUAGUCCCUGCUUCAGCAUCUGAGAUGGGAGAGUGAGGACGAUUCCAGAUGUCUGCCUCUGACCUGCAGGUGCAUGCGUAUUUAUAUGUGUCCACACACAUGAAAAAGUAUGUGCGUACACGUGUGUGCAUCAUACACAGAAGAAAAAGGAGAAAAAGAAUAAUCAAAAUAGAACCAGGCCAGCCUCAAGCUUGCAAUCCUCCCUCCGCAGUCUGGAGUGUGUGUAUCCCAAGCCUUGAUUAGUUUUUGUAAAGAUAUACGGCUUAUUAAAUAAACUUUAAAGUAAUUAAAUUUGCAUACUUUCCUCUGUAAAGAUGAGAUAAUGGCCUCAGUAAAUGCCAGUAAACACAAGGUUUUGUUUGUUUAGUUUUGCCAUGGGGAUGGGGUUUGGAAGCCUCGUGCAUCCUGGGUAGGUACCCUACCACUGAGCUGCAUCAUCAGCUCCGAGCAGGGCUUUAAAGCUAUCUCUCUGGUCAGAAUCUCAGGGAUUUGGCACACAGUGUUGGCCAGUUAGGAAGCCAGUGUGUUUCGGCCUGUUCUGAGCAGUGCUACUCGGAGAUGUAGAAUCCCCAGUUCUCACCUUCCCUAAAAUACUGGAGUAACUCAGGCUUACGAGAGAGUUCAAAUACAGUCUUGCUAACCACCAGGCUUUGGAUCCCACCUCUUAGCAAGCUGAGUAUUAGGAUGACACAGCUACAAGAAUUAAAGAAACUAGACUAUUCCCACCCAUAGCACAGAACCUAGCAACAAAACAUAUGUCACGCUCUUGUGUCAUAAAAGGUUCAAAACCUGUGUUGUGACAUUCUGUUCUUUACCUCUCCCCAGCAGUUUUGACAGUUUGAGCUGCCCGCUUGCACAGCAAUUUAGUCAAUCCCUCUUUCUGCUCUCAGACAGAUUCCUGAACGCAGCCCUUAUAGCCAUCUCUGCGUUCGAGGUCCAUCCAGUGUCUACCGAAGUCCCCGAAGGGGGAGUUGCUAGAUUUUCAUGCAAGAUUUCAUCAACGCCCCCUGCGGUCAUAACAUGGGAAUUUAAUAGGACAGCCCUGCCUAUGACCAUGGACAGCAGGGUGACUGCCCUGCCCUCAGGAGUGCUGCAGAUCUAUGACGCUGGCCCGGAGGAUGCUGGGAAAUACCGCUGUGUUGCAGCCACGCAUGCUCAUAAGCGUAAAAGCAUGGAGGCCUCGCUAACCAUAGUUCCAGCUAAUGAGACCAGAUCCUUCUACAUGCCCACCAUUAUAGCCAGUCCACAGAAUGUAACCGCGUCUCUACAUCAGACAGUUGUGCUAGAGUGUAUGGCUACAGGAUAUCCCAAGCCCAUCAUUUCCUGGAGCCGUCUUGAUCACAAGUCCAUUGAUGUCUUCAAUACUCGGGUACUCGGAAAUGGCAAUCUCAUCAUAUCAGAUGUCAAGCUUCAGCAUGCUGGAGUGUAUGUUUGUCGGGCCACCACCCCAGGCACUCGCAACUUCACAGUUGCUAUGGCAACGUUAACUGUAUUAGCUCCUCCUUCAUUUGUGGAAUGGCCUGAAAGUUUAACAAGGCCACGAGCUGGCACUGCACGGUUUGUGUGUCAAGCAGAAGGAAUUCCCUCACCCAAAAUGUCCUGGUUGAAAAAUGGGAGAAGGAUACAUUCAAAUGGCAGGAUUAAAAUGUACAACAGCAAAUUGGUCAUUAACCAGAUUAUCCCAGAAGAUGAUGCUAUCUAUCAGUGCAUGGCUGAAAACAGCCAAGGAUCUGUUCUGUCUCGAGCCAGACUGACUGUGGUGAUGUCGGAAGAUAGACCCAGCGCUCCUUACAACGUUCAUGCCGAAACCAUGUCGAGCUCUGCUAUCCUUCUAGCAUGGGAGCGACCACUGUACAAUUCAGACAAGGUCAUUGCCUACUCUGUACACUACAUGAAGGCUGAAGGUCUAAAUAACGAGGAAUAUCAGGUGGUCCUUGGAAAUGACACAACUCAUUAUAUCAUCGAUGACUUGGAACCAGACAGCAACUAUACUUUCUACAUCGUGGCGUACAUGCCCAUGGGAGCCAGCCAGAUGUCGGAUCAUGUGACACAGAACACGCUAGAAGACGUGCCCCUAAGGCCUCCCGAAAUUAGCUUGACGAGUCGAAGUCCCACCGACAUUCUCAUCUCCUGGCUGCCCAUCCCGGCCAAGUACCGACGGGGCCAAGUGGUGCUGUACCGGCUGUCCUUCCGCCUGAGCACUGAGAAUUCCAUCCAAGUUGUAGAACUCCCGGGGACUGUGCACGAGUACCUUCUGGAAGGCCUGGAGCCAGACAGUGUCUAUCUGGUCCGGAUUACUGCUGCUACCCGAGUGGGGCUGGGAGAGUCAUCGGUGUGGACGUCACACAGGACGCCCAAAGCCACGAGCGUGAAAGCCCCUAAGUCUCCUGAACUGCAUUUGGAGCCACUGAAUUGUACUACCAUCUCUGUAAGGUGGCUUCAAGACACCGAGGACCCGGCUGCCAUUCGGGGCUACAAGCUGUUUUAUAAAGAAGAAGGGCAGCAGGAACAUGGACCGAUCUUCCUGGACACCGGUGACCUGCUGUAUACGCUCAGUGGCUUGGACCCCAGAAGAAAAUACCAUGUGAGGCUACUGGCUUACAACAAUCUGGAAGAUGGCUACCAGGCCGACCAGACCGUCAGUACUCCCGGAUGCGUGUCUGUCCGUGACCGCAUGGUCCCUCCGCCACCGCCACCCCACCAUCUGUACGCGAAGGCUAAUACCUCCUCUUCUAUCUUCCUGCACUGGAGGAGGCCUGCGUUCACCACCGCCCAAGUCAUUAACUACACCAUCCGCUGUAACCCCGUUGGCCUGCAGAACGCCUCUCUGGUUCUCUACCUGCAAACAUCAGAAACCCACAUGCUGGUUCAAGGACUAGAACCAAACACCAAGUAUGAGUUCGCUGUCCGACUGCACGUGGAUCAGCUCUCCAGUCCCUGGAGUCCCGUGGUCUACCACACCACACUGCCGGAAGCACCCACAGGCCCCCCAGUGGGGGUGAAGGUGACGCUGAUAGAAGAUGACACUGCCCUUGUCUCUUGGAAACCCCCAGAUGGCCCAGAGACAGUGGUGACGCGCUACACCAUCUUGUAUGCGUCCAGGAAGGCCUGGAUCGCCGGCGAGUGGCAGGUCCUACAUCGAGAAGGGGCAAUAACCAUGGCUCUGCUGGAAAACCUGGUGGCAGGAAACGUGUACAUUGUCAAGAUCUCAGCCUCCAACGAGGUGGGAGAAGGGCCCUUCUCAAAUUCCGUGGAGCUGGCCGUCCUCCCCAAGGACGCUUCAGAAUCGAACCAGAGGCCUAAGCGUUUGGAUUCUUCUGAUGCCAAAGUUUAUUCAGGCUAUUACCACCUGGACCAAAAGUCAAUGACCGGCAUUGCAGUAGGCGUUGGCAUAGCCUUGACCUGUAUCCUCAUCUGUGUUCUCAUCUUGAUAUACCGAAGCAAAGCCAGGAAGUCAUCCGCCUCUAAGACAACGCAGAGUGGAACCCAGCCGUUAUCCCGAGCCAGUGCCUCUGUAGCAGCGGGGAGUGACAUGGGGAAGAACCUGGAGAGAGCUACAGAAAACGAAGAGUCCUCAGUACCCAUGAUGCCAAGCUGCUUCAUUGAUGCGAAGGGAGGGACUGACCUGAUCAUCAAUAGCUAUGGUCCUAUUAUUAAAAACAACCCUAAGAAAAAGUGGCGUUUUUUCCAAGACACUAAGAAGAUCAAAGUUGAACAGACUCAAAGAAGAAUUACUCAGACCGUGUGCUUUUACCAGCCAGGCACCACAGUGCUGAUCAGCGAUGAAGACUCCCCUAGCUCCCCAGGCCAGACCACCAGCUUCCCAAGACCUUUUGGGCCCACCACCCUGGACACUGAGCACUCAGCAAACAGUGAAGGCAGCCACGAGACAGGGGAUUCUGGAAGGUUUUCCCAUGAGUCCAAUGAUGAGAUACAUCUGUCCUCUGUCAUCAGCAGCACACCCCCCACCUCGAAUUCCCUCACCUGUGGUGAUUCUGAUGGGGAUGCUGCACCGAAGAAGCAUGGAGACCCUGCCCAGCCCUUGCCAGCUGAGCAGACCUCAGCCCCACAGCCAACACCUGCUGGGCUGCGACAUGCUGCCGAGAGUGUUCCCGUCUAGAUAGCCAUGCUCAGGUAUUCACAGCAAGCAUCUGUUCCAAGGACAAUGAACAGGGAGCCAAAGCCUUUUGUGAAAAUCUUGACGUCUUACUGUUUGUUGUUUGUUUUUUGUUUUUGUUUUUUUAUCUUUUUUAAAAGAUUUUUUUAAUUAUUUUUAAGCUCACGAAUUUUGAAUGUUUCAAUUGUCAACAAUGUGAAAAAGGGCAGUCAAGAUGCUUGACUAGACUUUAAAGAUUGAUCACUGGAGCGGAGGGAAGACUGCCUGAGCCCUCUGCUGAAUAGCUACCUCAGUUUGCUGUUGGCGGACUCUGAAGACAACGGUGCUGCCUCCUUCGUGUACGAGUGCCGGUUUCUCUCAGUGGCAUAACCAGCGGGACUUCCUAGUGACGCUGUGUGUCCAUUGUGCGUGUGUGGUGUGUGUGUGUGACUGAAGGAGUCCGAUAGGUGGAAGAGGAAGAACGUUGAUCUGAAGCUCUGAUUUUUUUUUUUUUUUUUUAAAGAACCAUGACACCUGCAUGAUUGGAUAAUGUAACACCUCUGGCUGUCUGUGAGGAGAAAAUAUGGGAGUGUAUUUAUUUGAAUGGAUGAAACAAAUACAUCUCUUUGGAGAAGAGACCCAUUCCGGAGUACGUAGGGAUCAUGUCCUUGCAAAGCUGUUGGGUUUUGGGAACCAGAGCAGGAGAAUUUCGCUCCAGCCUGCACCCUCCUGCCCUCAGCCUGCAAAAGCCACCUUUCCCGUUGCUCCACGGCGAGCCAAGGGCUGCGCUGUCUCUUGUGAAGUACCACAGAGUUUCCAGAGUUAGCUGCAAAACACAGUGGUGGAAAGUGGAUUUUAUUUUUUUAAUGGUUCAGAUUUUCGUUUUUAAAAUCUUAGUUCGGCUUCAAAUGGGGCAAAGAAAUGUUAUUAAAUAUUAAGAAUGAACGGAACCGUAGAGAGUAAGACAAACUUGAGGUUUUCGUGAUAGCAGUGCCUUCUGAUAUAUAUUAUGAAAAAUUUUGCCUUAUACCUUUUUAAUAUUCACGAAGAUGUUUAGGAAAAAAAGUACCAAAAAUUUGCCUUAAGGAAACGGCUUGGAUCUUACUGAUAGCUGGUUUGCUACCUGGCACCUUGCUGGAGUUGUUCUUUUUGAAGCGCAGGUUUGUCCCCCACCACCCUAGUGGCUGAGCUCUUGGCUUUGUACCCCACUAACAGCAGAAUUGAGUUCAUCCCUUUGUCUACUGUGAAAUCAGCAAAUUGUUUACUCCUCUGUAGAGCAGGCCUUCUCUGUCACAAGGCAGCACGCUAGGUGUGGAGCCACGUGGGAGGGACAAAGACUGAGCUGUGAGAAGAGACAAGUCCUUAACCUUUUAAAAUCGUGGGUUUUGCCUUCCCCCCAAUUUUUUAGAAAUGGCUUUUGAAUUGCGUUUGAAAAGAAGAACCCUCCAUGGGUUUUCCCUUGAAACCAGCCCCUCCAUGCACAGACAAGGCAGGUCCUGCCAAAUGGUGUUCUAAAGUCGAGGGAAUUCCGAUACAUGAUCACCCCAUGUCAUCUAUUGUGAUGGCCUGACACUGCCACAGUUUUCAUCGUGAUUCUAAGUUUUGUGCCAAAUUGGACUUGCUUGGAAGCCGACCGACCGGAUGUGCCAGGCGCCACUCCUCAGCACAGUCCUUUCACCGUGGGCUUCUCGGUAAAAUGGGGAGAAAAGAAGAAAGGAAAAAAAAAAAAAAAAAAGCAGAGCUUUAGGUGAACAAUCGGAGGCGAGAAACAUGGCUUCCUUCCCCUGCCUUCGCGCUCCUGUUUAUACUACCUCGUUUUUAACGUUGUUCUAGUGUUAUUGUUAUUUCCUGUACUCAGGGACUUUGUUGUUACUCUUGAGCUCAUGGUGCAUGGGCGGGUGCACUGACAGGGUAUGGUGUUGUUUGGGUCGUAAGUAGAAGUACGUGGGCCGACUUUUCUCAGUAUCUAAAAUGAAGGGGCACAGUGGGAUCGGUGGUUCUCCAUCGUCAGAAGCUAACAGAAUGUAAAAGGAGAAACCAGGUUCGGGGCCGUACGUAUUUAAACCGCGUUCCCUGCCUGCAUCAUCUGAAAGGCUGUGACGGGGACAGUCCCGGAAGAAAGUGCUCUGUUUAAUGAUGAACAGGCCCUUAGCUAUGAUAGAUCUUCAGCUCAUAAUUAUUUGCUAGUUCAUUUUUUUUUAACCUUUUCAUGUUUGCUCUCAUACAGACUUUUCUGUCAGUUCUAUUAACCAAAGAAUUUCCAGUAGACAGUGAAAUUUCUGUGACAAGUACCUUAAGUCCAAUUCGCUAGAAACAGUUAUAAAUAGACUCGAACCCAAGUCACUUCUAACCGUAAACUGAAGGGUUUAUACUGAUAGUUACAAUUAAUUAGGCUAGUGACAUAAACUACCUUACUGUCACCAGAGGGUUUUAAAUCAACUGCUGUAAUCCCCCUGCCAGCAGACGGCCUUUUUUUUUCUCCAGCAAGUAAAGAAACCUUCAACUCUGUAGUAUUAAUGUAUUUUCAAAUUGUUGAAAUUACUUGUUGGAGAGGAAAAAAAUAAGUCUUAUCACUAAUCUCAUGGACUAAGGUAUUUGAUGUUUAACAGAGGCCUUCGGCCUGGCGAAUGCCAGCUGCUUUGAAGUCUGAAGUUCUAACUAAAACGUGAGGGUUGUCAUGUCUUCCUCAAGGGUUCAUUACUUCAUUGUACUCAACUCCAAAUAAGCUGACAUGCAAAUCGGGAACUGUCUCAUUUUCCACAAACGUGUUUGCUGGAAGUGGUGAUAACCUGCCUGCCUGUCAUUUUUAAUGUCAAAUAUUACAAUAUACUGCUCAUCAGUAUUUUCAUACCAAAGACCAUUAAAAUAUAUAGUUUAGCCUGUAAGUAAAGGUGAGCAGGUUUAAAGUAAAUUUAUUUAGAAGCAGAUAGGGAAUAUAGCUUUAGUGGCAAAAAAAGAAGAAAAUAUCAAAAGGCUAAGUUUACAUAGUUAAAGGCAAAUACAGUUAUAUUGGUAUUUAUCAGUGUUUUUUAUUCGAGUACUUUAUAUCAGCAAAUUAAAAAAGAAAUUUAAAACCAAAGAUAUUUAAGGUUACCUCAGAAGAUAGGGGAAUUUAGCUGUACAUUGAACUGUUGUUUGUUGUUUUGUGUUAACAAACUGUCUGUGUAGACCCUCUCCUCUGUGUCCAGACGGCAUCCUGAGGAUUUCCCCUGCGUCUGUUCAUUCAGUCACGGGGAUGCUUUUGCUAAAUGGCGCGUUACUUCCCUGCAGCCUGUGAGUGACAGGUCAACAGAGAGAACACUCCUCCGUUACGGGGGACUGUGGGAACCCCUACAUCAUCCCGUAGAGUCUGCAUUCCUAUGUAAAGUCGUUCUCUAGUUACUCAGCCCAAGGAAAGCAAAAUGUGCCACUGUUUGGAUGGGCGGUACUUUAGGCUCAGAUACGGUUCCUAAAUUGUAAGACUCUCUGUUUGGUCAACGGAGCUGGGCUUUCGAUCUCAACUGAAAACCUGGGCGAAGAAGAAUGGUUGUCUACAGAAUCCAGAGAUUUAUAAAGUACCAAGGGAAUUAGAUGAUACUGACGUGUUACAGGCCCUCUUGCCUUUACCUCAGACGUGAGCAAUGGCAGCAGUGUGGCAGUGACUGGGGUGUGCACUGUUUGUCUGUCUUCUGAAGGACUUCUGCAAAAAGCAUAAAGAAGGCUCCCAGCCCACGACGACGACUCAGGGUCUUAGGAAGAUGCCAUUGGAAACAACGCUUCGUGUCAUGGAAGGCUGACUGUCAUGGUGCACACCUGUCAUCAGUUGCAGCAGUCGGAGGAAGGGGGCGGGGUGAAUUUUAGGAAAUGCUACCACCCAUGGGCCAGUCAGUGCCUGUUGUGAUUCAUGAUUCGAUUCUGUACACUGGCAUAUUAUAUGUCCAUUUUGAAUACCGGACGUAGAAAAGAGUUUGAACUGUAUUGUAAAGAGCUGGUACCUGAUCCCAACCGUGUAUUUUGCAAGAUUUUCUUCCUGAAAAUUUACCACAUGCCUCCCUGAUAAAAUUGCUUUGGUAGAAGUCAAAAAAAAAAAAAAUCGCUCCUGUGCUGUGUGAGCACAGAGAGGUGGGUUCCAGAGACCACCGUCCACAGCUGUUUGUCUACUUGUGAAUUUUGUUGACAUUUAGAAGGCAACCGAAGGCUCUAUGCCAGGUUGAUCACGCUCAGGACACGAGUUCACAGGCUAGUGCAAUGCUUGUGUUACAGGCUUAUCUAGCAGGUGGGUACCAGAUUGAUUUUUCUUGCAAUUUCCACUAACAAACUAUCAGUAACUUAGUGUCUGUAAACAGCCACACACGGUCUUGGAGCUCUGUAGGUCAGAACUCUUUCUUUCUGAGGCAUUUUCCUGCUGUGAAGCCCUCGCUGUCCUGGAACCUGCAGUAUGUGUAAACCAGGCUGGCUUUGAACCAGUGGUGACACUGCCACCUCAUCCUCCCACACCCUGAGACUACAGGGUGUGCCACCAAUCCAGCUAUAGGAUAAAAUGAAGGCGUAGAUGGGACUGCGCUCCUUCUGAGGCCUGAAGGAAUAAUCUAUUCCCUUGCCUGCUUCAGCCUUUGAAGACUGAACUCCCGUUCCUUCAGAGCCAGCCACAAAGCCCUUCCCCUCCGCCUUUUCAGACCCCCAAGAAAGAAAAGUUCUUCAGUUUUAAGUACUCAUUAGAUUAGAUACUCGGGCCUUCAUCAUGGGAGCUGAUGUCCUUCUGUGAACCCUAUCUGCCAGGUUUCCUUUGACCUACAUGGUGAAGUUCUCUCCGGUUCUAGGCAUUUCCCCGCAGACUAACAUGGGUGGCCAUUGCGUUUCCCUGAUGUAGUAGGGUAGGGAUCCACUGAUUCUGUGGGAUUCCUCUCUCAGUAACACGGUACUAGGUUUUCAAGAGAUAGUAAAUCUGAGGUUCCCUUGCCCCAUAGAGACCUUUAAAAUGUCGAGGACCAGAAAGGGUAGAGCCUGUGUUUGUUGAGAGCACCCAUUAAAACCUCUCUCUAAACAUCCCUCAAAGGCAAUUCAACUUUAAGCAUUUAUUUAUUUAUUUAUUUUGGAAACAAGCUUCCUAACCCCUCCAGUCUGAUCUAUGUUUUCAUGGGGGGAGGUCUCUUAAAAGUUUGUCUCUUGACUGGGCGGGGCAGAAAGUUUUGAAAAUGUUUUUCUCUCUCCGGUGAUCACAUGUGUGGAUGCAGGUUGAGGAAAGGACUUACCACAUUUGGGACCCUUGGUCGAUGAGCAGGACAAGGCAGAUUUAUCCUUUUGUUUUGUCUUGCCCAACGUGGUUUCUGCCUUCACUUCACCAGCGUGGAUGUCCAGCCUUGUGGCUGGGCCACUCUGAAGGUCCCCGUUACCCUUCAGCAGAAGAGAUAAAACUGUUUCCACCACAGAUGACAACCAGGGUGAGAUGCUGGAUGAGAAAAGGCCAGCUGUCCUUGAACUCCCAGAGAGCUACCAGCCUCAGCCUCUUGAGUGCCGAGAUGCAAGUGUACACCUGCCCCAGCCCCUUCGUUUAUUUUGAAGAUGGGAACUCUUCCCUUGUGUCUUCCAGCUUAGCUCCAUCUAUAAUCUGCAAGGUCUUCUAGGUUUCCUCAGGUUUCUGUCUCCUGCAUCGUUUGUGAGACAGAAAUAGCUUCCCGACUUACAGCCUUGAAAAAAAAAAAUGUUAGCUACUGCUUUUCCUACAGAACUGUCUUUAAGGAACAAAACUACUUUUCGUUGUGUGAGGUCAGUCAUACUGUUUCUUAUUUGCCACAUUCUAUAGUAUCUGGUCCAUUCCCAAACUAAAACCCUUCCUGGAGAUAAGCCUGAACACAUAUGUUGCCUUAGCCACUUAGGGUUUAGGAGAUGUAUUAAGAAAAUUUGUCUGUCUGUCACUGUCGCUGGACAAACGUUUAUGUGUGUACGUGUAGCAAUUUUUUUUCUAUUUCAAAGAUGUGAAUUUGAUGAAGUGUGGGAGCCAGUGAAGCUGUUCUGUGUCGUGGGUGUUCUGGGUCCUGCCACUCCCUGCUUCCUCGUAAGGGCACCAUGUCCUGGCUUCCUGGUGGGCUGUAGAGCGACACUUGAUUUCUGCUCGUCUCAGGGGACCAGCUCUGCAGGCUCCAUCUCGUGAAGAAAGUGAAUGUUUGCCUUGAUUUUUGAAUGUAUUUUUUUAAAUGUCUUCUUAAAACAUAUUUUCGUUUAAUAAUGUGGGUUUUGUUUUCUUUCCUAGCAUGAUAGUAAAUAUUUCUUAGUACCCUACACCCCUACCCCAGGAAGUUUAUAUUCUACCCUACAGGUCAUGCCAAAAAUGAAUAAAAGUUUAAAUGCCAAAAUGUUUAUAAAAACUGCUGUCUACAUACUGAUUGAUUGCACAGUUUAAAUAAAACCUUUCCUUAGUUUUAAAAAAAACA